CGUUGCCCGUUUAGGGCAAUCAAAUAUAAAGACGAAGAAGGAAGAAAAGCCCAUACCCAUUUCUGUUCUCGAAGUAACCAUGGAAGAACUCGAAUCGAAUCCAAGUGAUACGGUAACCAAGUUUGCGAAUUCUCAUUCCAAGAAAAGAAAGCUCAAUCAAAAUGCGGAGCUCCCGGCCUCCUAUUACUACAAAAUCCGUCUUAUCGCUCGUCAACUUCGUCCCCAUUUUAUAGAAAUUCUCCAAACACCUGACUUUCGAAAUUGCAAAGCUGCUCAUGAAGUAAAAGAACAGAUGAAGCUUAUAGUAGAUUUGUACCGACAGAUGAUUGCUGAGAUAGACCACAUUGAACAUGAAGAGGAAUUACAAUCGGAGCUACUUAAACCCAAAAAAUUUCAGGAGCAACCAUCAGAAAAGAAGCCUCAAACACCUGGAUUCAGCUCAGAGAAGAAGAAUGAUGAUAUUGGCCAGAGUCGGGAAAGCUACAUCGUGGGUGGAUCAGUCUUUGGUUGGAACUUCAUCACAUUUUCUGGAAGUCAGCCAGUUUAUUAUGGAGUAACCAGGGAGUCAUUUCGAAGUAGACAAAAUAAGUAAGAUCAGUAGUCUGCUCAUAACAAGUGAUGUUUUUGAUGACUAGAAAUUAGUUUACAAGUAGCCACCAAUAGUCAUUAACAAAGUAAAUAGUCUGAAUCAGUACAUUUUUACUAAUCGAAAUGGAUAGAAUUUGCUCUUUUUUUCAGUAAGAGAAGUAGAGUGUUCAUAUCA